AACAAAAAUAAUAACACAUGUUUGAAAUCAUAUUUCUAUCGUGUUGAUCACCAUUGAGUUCGCAGUGUAAUUUUGCUGUAAUUGUUACAAAUUUAAUUUUUGAUUAAAACUUUUUGUUAAUUUUGUUAUUUUUUUAUUUAAAUUUUUAUAUAAAUAAAAUGGCUAAUGUACAUGUUUGUGUUGUUGUGGCUGUGAUCACAUUAUUUUCAUUUAUUCAAAUUGGAGAUGCCAUUAGAUGUUUCAUUUGUCAAUCCGAUAGAGACGACAAUUGUAAUGAUCCCUUCAACAAAGGCAACGCCAUAUUGUUAGAUUGCACAUUGAAAUAUCCGUCAACACCAUUUCAACCAAACUCCUGCAUGAAAACUAUCGAAUACAAUCAAAAUUCUGGUGUUCGUCAUAUUGUACGCUCAUGUGGAUAUCAAAGUUCAUUAGUGGCUCCUGGAAAAUGCGAGCAACCGUUACAUAGUAAUACGAUCAAAACUGAAUUUUGUGAAUUAUGUAAUACAGAUGGGUGUAAUUCAGCGCCAUCACUUUUAUCCAAAAAUAUUUUUGUACAUUUAUUAGCAUUUUCAUUUGCUGCAAUUGUUGGCAAUUAUAUUUUAUUUUAGUGUAAUUAAUUAAGUAUUAAUUAUUAUUAAUAUAAUUAGUAUUUUAUUGUUUUAUAUUUUAACGUGAAAAAAGUGCAACCAGAAUGUACAAUUUAUUAGUCAGGUAUUCAUUUAAUAUUAAUAUAACAAAAAUAUGAAAUUUUAAAAUUAUACGAGGUGGUACAAAUAUAUAAAUGUUGUGUAACAUUUAUACAGAAAUAUCUUCGAUGCAUAUACCUUUUUUAAAUAAUUUUUGUAGUGAAAUAAUGAAUAGACAAAAUAGGUAUUCUGUAAUUAGUUUGCGUGACAUUUGCUGUUUUUAUAAGACUUGUUUUAAAAAAUAAAUAUUAUCCUCUAAUCAAACCUUUAACGAUUGCUGCAGCAUUACCAUCACAAAUUUGUACAAAUUUAUGCCCAUAAAUAAAGAAAAUCGUGAAAAAUCUGAAAAUCUACUUAAGAUGUCGAGAUAUAUUAAACUUUCUUUGUAGUAUUUCAGUGAUAAAUUUAGGCCAUAUUUAAUGAUAACUUGACCGCAUGAAGAAAAUAAUAUUUGAAAAAGCCAAAAUGCGUUGGUGCGGCUGUCAUUUCGCAAACAACUUUAUGUCAAGGAAGUUAUGCUAUGGAGACGUGAGAAAAAACAUUCGGAAAUAACCACCGAUAUCCAUACCACCGCUGAAUCGUUAUAUUAAUACUUCAGAAUUUCAUAUACAAAUAAUUCGAAUGUUUUAGUAAAGUAAUGCCAUCUUUAAUUUGAUUUGACUCAGCCUACGCCCUUGGGUAAUAAACCGUUUAAAUAUUCGAAUUUAAGCCUUAUUAACAAAUGGGAAUCUAAGCUUUAAAUAUUACGCUGGAGACAUUUCCCAAGUUAUAAUCUUCGAUGUGACAGUUAAUUGCCCGCGCCUAUUUUUCGAUGGUCUCCUCAAUACUAAACCCGUCACUAGCCCACUAAACAACAAAUUAGCCAUUUUAUUGCUAUCAUGUCACCGUAAUUCAUUUUGAUUAGUUUGAAGCAAAUAUGCUGCCUGAAUAUAUUGGGUGACUCUAAACGCUGAUACAUUAGCACAAAAAUAUUUAGUUACAUAACUUUUAUAAAUGAUUGUACAACUCGUGUUAUUUUUUUAAUGAAAUAUAAUAAAAAUGUACUUAAAAGAAAUGUUAAAACGUAUUUUUGUUAAAAAGACAUUAUAUUUUUCGUUAAUUCAAAGUUGAUAUUCGUAUUAUACUUAUAGAAUGUUUUUAUGUUUUAUGUUUAAAUAAUCAAAAAUAAAUAUAACAAAU